UUGACGUGGUUUUCUUUAGACAUAGAACGAGCUCUCACGCUUCUGAAGAAGUUGCGGCUUAAGCUUAGUGAUGGAGCUGAAAAAUCCAUUCGCAAGUCUAUGGACUUAUUGAUUGGCGCAAUGGAAAGUGAUCUUUUUUCUUCCCUUAUUGAUUUAAUGUCACCGGUUGAGUCAAGUGAAUGGGAGUAUAUCGAGGUUGUUAUCUCCCGUCCGGCAGGACAAAAUCAAAGCUUUGGUUUCAGUAUCGCGGGGGGAUAUGAUGCGCCCCAAGAAAAUGGUGACCCAAGCAUUUACGUAACCCGACUUGCACCUGGAGGGAUUGCUGAACUUGAUAACCGUCUCCGGCCAUUCGAUCAGAUUAUAUCAGUCAAUGGAACUGACCUGACAUGCGUGUCUAACCAAGAGGCGGUGAAAAUACUUCGUGAGUCCGGAGACACACUCGCUAUGAUAAUCCGUCGUUUUUCGGGCGCUGAAGUCGUUUCAUCCGAAGGAGAUCCAUACUCGCCGAUGUCCGCUGAGAAUGUGCAAGACGAUGAACGGACCCUUGAUGACGACCUCUACUACGAGGCCAACUUAGUCAAACCCUCUGCAUCCGUCGGACUCGGUUUCACUAUAGCUGGCGGACAGGUAGCUGAAGGUGGUCCUGAAGGCAUUUUCGUCACCAAAAUCACCCCCGGUGGCCUGGCCGAGAAGGAUGGACAAAUCCAGCCCGGAGAUCGACUCAUCCAGGUGAACGGACAAAAGUUGGACGGGGCAACCCACGAGGAUGCAGUGCACCUCCUGAGGACUGCUGGAACCUACGUCCACCUCGUUCUCUCUCGACACCGUGAUUCCGAAUCGCGAUCCUAUCCUUCCCAAGUCAACGCCCAAUGA